UUAAUUUCAUAAUAAAUACUAGUUAACAUUAUUUAUUUAUUUUUUGUUAAAAUAAAAUUUUAUUAAAAACUUUAACAUAAUGAAUGCAGUUGCACCCAUUAAACCUCCCCGUGGAAUUAAACCCACCAAAGAAACGAGUGGUUUAUUAAUCUCAGUAAUUCGAGCACUAUCUGCUUCUGAAACUAAUGAACAAAGAGAAAUCGAAAAAGCUAAAUUGGAAAAAGAAUAUAAGCGAAGUGAUCAGAGAUUAGAUGAAUUAGUUUCAUUACACGAGCAAGAUCUCACAAAAGUUAUGCAAAUAUUUAGUACUCUAUCUGAAAGAGUUACUGCUGCAAGAGAAAAAAUUCAUGCUGUAAAAGAAAAUUUACAUGCUUGUAAACAGUUAUUAAGUUGUAAGCAAGAAGAAUUACUUAAUCUAUGGUUAGAAGGUAUAGAACAUAAACAUGUACUACAACUUUUAGAAGAAGCGUCUACUUCGCCAGAGAAAUAUAAUUUAGAGUAAAAAACGU